AUGCAGUUCUCAACCAUCAUCAUCUCGCUCAUCUCCAUCGCCAGCUCGGCCAUGGCAGCCCCCACCGACAUCUCGGGCAGCGCCGCCGUCGCCGUGGGCGAGGAGAAGCGCUUCGUCAGUGGGUGGUGCGGCCUGCACGUCAAGCUCAGCCAGACGGACAGCACGACGGCUACGGUCCAUGUCUAUGACAGCAAGCAGUUCUUGAUUGCGACGGAGUCGUUCUCGGGGUCCGGAACCUACAGCGGCACCGUCUCUGCCCAGAACGGCAUGGGCAGCGACCUGAACCUCAACUUCUACCCCAGCGGGAACAACGACGUUGCUACCUUCGAGUACGGAACUGACUACUGGGGCUCUGGGGAGGCCCAUUCCUCGAAUUCUCGUUGCAGCGUUGGUCAGUGGGAUUUGAAAAAUGUGUUCUCUGGCCGCGAGACACUGGACAUGGACUGCGGUUUCUCUUGCUAG